AUGAUAGAGUGGUGGCAACCGGAGACGCACACAUUUCAUCUACCCAUCUGCGAGGCUACUAUCACGCUUGAGGACGUGGAGGUUCUUUUCGGGCUGCAUGUUGAUGGUAUACCUGUAGCUUACCCGCAUGCUCUUAGAGAAUAUAGGGGAGUGGAUUACCUUCAUAUGUUGCAUCGGCUCACCAGUUUCCAGCUAGCGGAGCCGACUACAUCGAGUGGGGCCAGUCGAUUGCAACUGACGCCUAUUCAGCAACAUCUGGUGGCGAUGGACGCGGAGAUUACAAAUGAUUCACUGCCAGAGGAUAUAGACCGACACAUGAAACUAUUGCUGCUGCCGAUGUUUGGUGGUAUACUGUUCUCGAACACUUCGGAAAACCUAGUCAACUUGAUAUUUCUACAUCAUUUGGAGUGGCUAGAUGAUUUAUCUAGUUACAACUGGGGUGCAGCUGAUCUAGGUUACAUCAUAUAG